AUGGGUUCUCUUCCUCAGACAAUGUCUGACACAAUCCAAGACGCCUGGGAUUUCAAGGGUCGUCCUGCAUUUAGAUCCAAAACUGGUGGUUGGACAGCAGCCGCCAUGAUUCUAGGCGGAGAAGCAUGCGAGAGGCUGACGACGCUGGGGAUCGCAGUGAACUUGGUGACAUAUUUGACAGGAACGAUGCAUUUAGGAAAUGCUUCAUCUGCUAACAUAGUCACCAACUUCAUGGGAACCUCUUUCAUGUUGUGUUUGCUCGGUGGUUUUGUGGCCGACACAUUUCUCGGCAGAUACCUCACCAUCGCCAUUUUCGCUACCGUCCAAGCAACUGGCGUUACAAUUUUGGCCAUAUCAACCGCAAUCCCAAGUCUACAUCCUCCAAAAUGCAAUCCAGGCAAAGAUGUCUCAUCAUGUGUUCCGGCCAACGACAUGCAACUGACAGUUCUCUAUUUGGCACUCUACGUCACAGCACUCGGAACCGGUGGUCUGAAGUCCAGCGUGUCCGGGUUCGGGUCGGAUCAGUUUGACGAUUCCGACGAGGGGGAGAAGAAGCGGAUGAUAAAGUUCUUCAACUGGUUCUUCUUCUUCAUAAGCAUAGGGUCGCUAGCCGCGGUGACAGUUCUUGUGUACAUUCAAGAUAACGUGGGAAGAGAAUGGGGAUAUGGGAUUUGCGCGUGUGCCAUUGUCUCUGCUCUUCUUGUCUUCUUGUCGGGAACUAAGAAGUACCGGUUCAAGAAACUGGUCGGUAGUCCGUUGACGCAGAUCGCUGCGGCGUUCGUGGCGGCUUGGAGGAAGAGACACUUGGAGUUGCCGUCGGAUCCGUCGUUGCUGUUUAAUAUGGAUGAUCUUGCAGAUGAUGGACAGAAGAAGAAGAAGAAGCAGAGGUUGCCUCACAGCAAAGAGUUCCGCUUCUUGGACAAGGCAGCAAUAAAGAUUCCAGAAAUGUCUGGAGAAUUAAUGACAGAGAGAAAGUGGUAUCUAUUAACUGUAACUGAUGUUGAAGAAGUAAAACUGGUGAUAAGGAUGUUGCCUAUAUGGGCCACAACCAUCAUCUUUUGGACAGUCUACGCACAAAUGACCACCUUCUCAGUGUCACAAGCAACCACCAUGGACCUCCACGUCGGAAAAUCCUUCAAGAUCCCACCGGCAUCGCUCACCGUCUUCUUCGUCGGAAGCAUCCUCCUUACCGUCCCAAUCUACGACAGGAUCGUCGUCCCUAUCACCAGAAAACUUCUCAAGAACCCACACGGAAUGACCCCUUUGCAACGCAUAGGAGUAGGCUUGGUGUUUUCAGCUCUAGCCAUGGCCGCCGCAGCACUCACUGAGAUCAAAAGGCUAAGAUCCGCAGAAUCACACGGGUUGACAAAUGAUCCAAAUGCCCAGAUUCCAUUAAGUGUUUUCUGGCUGAUACCUCAGUUUCUGCUAGUGGGGUCAGGUGAGGCAUUUACGUACAUAGGACAGUUGGAUUUCUUCCUGAGAGAAUGUCCCAAAGGAAUGAAGACAAUGAGCACAGGGCUGUUCCUAAGCACACUGUCAUUAGGGUUUUUCUUCAGCUCACUGUUGGUGACGAUAGUUCACAAGGCGACAGGUCACAGAAAGCCAUGGCUAGCAGAUAAUCUUAACAAAGGAAGGCUCGAUAACUUCUAUUGGCUUUUGGCUAUUUUGAGUGCUUUGAACUUUGCAAUAUACUUGUUUUGUGCAAAAGGGUAUGUUUACAAGGAUAAGAGGCUCGCUGAGGAAGGCAUAGAAUUGGAAGAACAAGAUGCUUCAUGCCAUGCAUAGAAUAUGAGCCCGAAUUCUCUUACGCCGUGCUCAUAUUUUUUUGGCUGAUCUUUUUGCACUUUUAAUUAAGUGUAUUUUAAGCAAGUUUAAGAAAGUAAGUCUCAAGCGUGAUGCGAAGCAUCGCGUCUGUAUCAGUAGAGCGACGACGCCGUUUUGUAUUACGAGCCAUUAUCUUCAUCAUUACAUCUGUCUUUGGAUCAAGUUUAGCAAUGAAACAACAUUAUUAGUUCAGU